ACAACGUCACCAUGAAGAUCGCCUUGGUGAGCAUCUUUUUGCUGAUGCUCCUGACUGACAUCCACGCCAGCGUCCAAGCACAGAAAAACUUUGACCUUCAGAGAUUUGCAGGGAGGUGGUAUUGGGUCGGUCUGGCCUAUGAUUCUCCAGGUUUUGUGCGGUACAGAAGCAAACUCACCAUCUCUAUGGGUACAGUGGAGCCGAAGGAAAACGGGAACAUCUACAUGACCCUGUGGAGUUUAACGUCUACAUUUACAAGAAGACGUCUGUCCCCGGCGUAUUCACCUACUACAGCACUCGCCAUAAAAGGGUGAAAGAUGUUACUGUGGUGGAGACAAACUACACAGAGUACACCCUGGUGGUCCUCAAACAUGAGAAGUUUAACAAGAUCUCAUAAGUGGCCCUUUAUGUGCCUGUAAUUUCACUGUGGGUCGUGCUAAGAAGUUGAGGGCGGAUGUGAUGGAGAAGUUCAGAGCGUAUGCCACAGCUCAAGGAUUCCCUAAAGACUCCAUACUGACUCCA